GAGGAGUCUGCUGCCUUCCUGCAUUGUCCUGUCAUACAAACCUCUCGUUCUCUGGCUUAAGCUGUCAGACUUUCAGGUGAAACACACUGUAGGACAGAGGUUCAAGGAACACAGGGACGGAGAGCAAGGGGACAAAGUGGCACCAUGUUUAAGGGGCAGAGCAAGUCACCUACAAAGUCGCCUACCAAAUCGCCUACCAAAUCACCUUCUAAAUUUGGCAAGGCAACUGCAAAUGAACUGGGCUUGCUAAUCGCACGCAUGCAGAAAAAUGCUGACCAGGUAGAAAAGAACAUCUUGGAGACACACCAGAAACUGAAGCAGGAUACUGGUAAUUAUGCACUGAAGAAAUCAUUUCAGCACCAGCAAGAAAAUGCCAAGAACCUAAAGGAGUCGGAACUUCUGCUGAAAGAUCUUUUUCUGGAUGUGGACAAAGCCAAGAAAUAUGGACACCCUCAGGCAGGGGAGAUUGAGAAGGACAUUCGUCAGCUGCAUGAGCGCUUAAGUGGCGAGUGCGCAGAGUACAGAGAAGUGUAUGAGAAAUUCAAUAUUGCAGCCCCUGAACCCAAAGUGAACUGGCCACAGAUCCUGGACAACAAGAAGACCCAAUUAGAUGCAAGCCAGUACGGGCCCAGCCAGUCAGAUGUAGAGCGACAGAUUGCAGAGCACAAUAUACUGCAAAGAGAAAUUGAUGAAUAUGGAACAGAAAUCCGUAACCUACCACAGGAAAAUGCUGCCAUUAAGAAUCAGUAUCGCAGUAUACAGGAGGAUUCAGCAUGGCGGGGACGCCACCUGAGCAGUCUGUAUAGUCACCUUCAUGGAUGUACAAAGGAACUGAUGUAUCUGACCGAAGAACAGAACAAGAUUGUUAAACAGGACUGGAGUGAUAAUAAUCCUGAUCUGUCAAGUAUCCGGAGGCAGUAUGAGCGUUUUAAGUCAGAGGAAUUACUGCCCCAGGAGGAGUCGGUGAAUAACCUGCUGGAUGAUGGGGACAGGAUGAUUGAACUCAAACACCCAGCUCCUAGCUGUAUUCAGGCUCAUGAUGAGGCUCUGAAAGGAGAGUGGCAAAAUUUUCUAAAUCUGUGCAUCUGUCAAGAGAAUCAUCUAAAGAAUGCUGAGGAUUACAAGAAGUUUCAUGAAGAUGCAGAUUCUGCAGCCCAAGUCCUAAAAGAUGUCAACAAAAACCUUGACACAAAAUACAACCAGCCAAACACACAGGCUCCAGGAGUGGUAUCUGAGCUACUACUACAGUUGGACAAGGAAGACAAGCAGCUGGCCCAAGCUGAGAAGACAUUGUCUGAACUCAAACAAAGAGCACCAGACAUUUUUCCCAUUAAACAGAGGAGAUUAAGACCAAAACAACCCAUUAAUGUGGAUACGCUCUGCGACUGGGAUUCUGGAGAUGCUCAGUUAAACAAAGGACAGGUAUGCACGUUGAAAGAUAACAGCCAGAGGGAGAACUGGACGGUGCAGAUGUCUGGAAGUGGGGGGACCAAGGAUGUUCCUGCUGCCUGUUUUGUGAUACCUCCCCCAGAUCCGGAGACUCUGGAAAGGGUAAAGAAAUUAGAAGCAGAGCUGAGUGAUGCCAAAAAGAAAAAGGCAGCAGUGCAAAAUGCUCUGAAGUCAAGCAACCUGGAGCCUGCAAGAGCCAACAAACUGGCUUCUGUGGGUGGAACGCCUAUUCCACCAGUCCGAACUUCUAGUGUUCCAAGUGAAGAUCCUCAGGCAACCCAGAUCCUCAACAAGCUAAACAAAAUCCAUGGAGACUUGCAAGACACAGAGCAGGAGAUCCUGACAAGGGUGCGUGCGCCUGUGAACCGAUCUUCACCAAGCCAAGAUAUAACACGAAGACUGAAGGACCAGGAGGGAACAGCUCAGCGCAUCCAAAAUAUUGCAGCAGAGAAAGAAGCUGCAAAGAGGGAGUGUGAAAACUUCCUGGCAAAGAAACCAACAGGAUCAACAGCAGCCCAACUCCCAACCACCUUAACAAAUGUCAAUAACAAGUACAACGAUGUCAAGGUCCUUUCAACACUCUACGGAGAGGAAGCCAAAGCAUCUCUGAACUUGGAGAGUCAGACCAGCAAGACUGAGGACAUGAUAAGAGGGUUUGAAAGUUUCCUUGCAGAAGACAGAGCUUUACCUGUUGGGCCCAACACCAUUCAGGAGCGUUCAAGUCAAAUCCAAAAAUUGAAGAGAGACCUUGUUGAUAAGCAAGACAAUCUUCUGAAGCUGAACCGAAGCUUGAAAGAUACAGAAAUGGCGUGCAGUUCCCUACAGAGCAACACUCAGGAGCAUAGUCCUGACCUGCCACAGCAACGCCUCCAGGUCCAGAAACUCAAUGAUAGAUACCAUGCUGUAGCUGACCAGCUGGAUCAAAGAGAAAAGAUGCUCAGAGACACCAACCUACCAUAUCAGCAGUUUAAAUCUGCUAGUGAAAACUUGGACUCUUGGCUAAAAGGACUUCCACGCAACCAGAUCACAUCAUCAGAUAGUCCAAGUCAGGUCAGCUACAAGCUCCAAAGCCAGAAGAGGCUUGUAGAGGAGAUCCAGAGAAAGGAACCAGAGAAGAACAAUAUGUUGAAGCUUUCUAAGGAUCUGACCAACUCUCUAAAUGAUUAUGAGACUCAGGCUGACAGAUACUGCUCCACCCUGGACAGCUCCAUUGUCUCUGCUGCCAAGAUGCCAAAACUCAACACUGUUCGGGAAAGCAUUGAAAGCCAGCAAAAGGAUUUGGUGAAGCGAUACACGGAGGCAGCAGUGGAGAGCAAGCAGCAACUGAACCAAAUGGAGUUUGCCAAAAAGGUUUUAGACAAGUCAGAUACUCAUGAUGGAGUUCAGCUAUCAAUGCAGCAAAACCUACGCUCAGAGAAUUCCCUGAGAUCAGUCAAGGAAUCAGAGAAUUUGUCAAAGGAACUGGAAGAGGAGAAAGUAAAGGUGGCACAGGUGCAGCAAAAAUUGGAAGAGAACAGGAAGACAAUCCUUCUACUAAAGACACAAAGACCUGUGGAGAGGCUGGAGGAAAAGGAAAUGGUACAGUAUUACAGAGAUCCUAAGCUGGAGAGUGAAAUAGCAGCAAUGAAAUCCCAAGCUGACAAUACCUUCAAAGAAAGAGGAAAUUCUCAGUCUGAGAUAGACAUAGUAAGUAAAAAACUGGCGACUUUGGAAAACCAGAGGAAAAGCAACAAGCCACAACUGCUGACCAAAGAAGUUACAGAAAUAGAAAAAGACCCAAAUCUAGAAUCGCAAGCCCAGACCUUGAGAAAAGAGAUUAAAACCCUCAAAGAAGAAAACAAUUCCCUUUCACAAGCCUUAGAACGCUUCAAAAUGGAAGUGCUAGUACUUGAGCAGAAGCAACCUAAUGUGAAGGAAAAAGUGGUGCUAAAAGAAGUAGUCAAGCUAGAAAGAAACCCUGAGAUGUUAAAGGCAACACGGGCAUUGCAGCUACAGAUUGACGAUGAGACCUUCCGCAGAAAGUCCCUGCAGGAAAACAUUGUGAAACUGAGAAACAGAACAGAAGAGCUAGAAAAACUGAUCGAGUCAGUUGAACCUAAGGUCAUAGUAAAGGAAGUAAAGAAGGUAGAACAAGACCCUGAAAUCCUGAAAGAGGCAGCCAGGCUUAAAACAUCGAUUGAAGAAGAAAGAAAUAAAAGUAUAACCCUGACCCGAGAGUUAUCAGAGUUGCAGUCCAAGUAUUUUGUGGUAGAGAAACAGAAGCCCAAGGUGGAGAUUAAAGAAAGGGUCAAUGAGGUGUUCUUAGUGCAGCCAGAGACUGAAAAGGAAAUUGCUAGAUUGAAAGUUGCUCUACAGGAUGUCACAUCCAAAAAAUCUCAUCACGAAAAGCAACUGGAAACUACCCAAAAUGAAGCGUUUAUGUUGAAGUCACAAAAACCAGUGGUAGAAUAUAAGGAAAUUGUCCAAGAAGUAGUUAAGUUGGAAAAGAGCCCAGAAGUGAUGAAAGAAAUAGACAGAUUGAGGGGGCAAGUGAAAGACCUAGAGUCCACCAACACUAGGUACAUAGACCAGAAAUCCAAAUUGUCCAAGGAGAGGGAUGAUUGGAGGACAGAAAGGUCAAAAAUAGAGACAAAAGUAGUGAACAAAGAGGUUGUUAAAUAUGAAAAUGACCCUGUGUUAAUCAGAGAAGCAGAACGUCUGCGUCAAGAAGUAAGAGAUGAAUCUCAAAGAAGGAGGGAAAUGGAGAGCUUAGUAUAUGACUUACAAAGCAAGUACAUGUUGUUAGAGAGAAGGAAACCAGAAGAGAGAGUUGUGGUGCAAGAGAUUGUCCAUGUACAGAAAGACCCCAAGUUGACAGAAGAUCACCACCGCUUAAGCAGGACACUGGAUGAGGAGGUCAGCAACCGGCGUCGCUUGGAGCGUGAGGUUCAACAAUUGCGUGCUCUUGUAGAAGAAAAAGAGAGGCUGCUGAAUUUCCAGGAAGAAAGAGAUAAGAAACUUAAUGCAGAAAAAGAACUGCGACAGAUAACUAUGAGAAUUAAAGAGAUUGAGGAAAGACCUCCACCUGUGCAAGAAAAGAUUGUUAUGGAGGAGGUGGUGAAGGUGGAAAGGGAUCCAAUUUUGGAAAAAUCAGCAGCUUCCCUGCGCAGUGAUUUGGGUAAUGAAAGAACACAGAUGCUAAAUAUUGAAAGAGAAUGUAAGAAUCUGCAAAUGAAGAUAGACAUCCUACAGAGAGAAAAAUCUCUGGAAAAAACAAUCUACAAAGAAGUCAUCAGAGUGGAGAAAGAUAAGGUACUGGAAAGUGAGAGGGCCAGAUUGCGAGAGCUGUGUAUCAAAGAGAGAAAUGCCAGACAGGACAUGGAAGAUGAAUCAAGAAGACUAAAAGAAAAGAUUGAUAGGACAGACACAACAAAAAAGACAUGGUCCAAAGAAGAAACAGAUCUUCAAAAAGCUAGAGCUCAGGCACAGCAAGAGAAGUCGGCAAUAGAAAAAGAGUUAUUGGAACUAAGGAGACAACAGCAGCAGAAGAGUGUGUUUUUAAGCAAGGAAUCUGAACUUCUUACACAAAAGGCAGAGAAUGAACGCCAGAAGAGAAUGCAAAUGGGUCAGGAACUGUCCCUUCUGGAAUCCAAAAUUCUUAAGGAAAAGGACAACAUAUAUGAAAAGGAAAGAAACAUUAGGGAUUUGCAGUCCCGGGUCAAUCGUGAAGAACGCAAUCAAGAGACACAAAUGAGAGAGACCAAUGUAUCCACAAAAAUAUCUAUCCUGGAUCCGGAUACUGGGAAAGAAAUGUCACCAUAUGAAGCAUACAAGAGAGGCAUUAUAGACCGCAAUCAGUACAUUCAAUUGCAAGAAUUAGAGUGUGACUGGGAGGAAAUUUCUACAAUGGGAUCUAGUGGGGAAAUUUCUGUCUUGUUAGACAAGAAGAGUGGAAAGCAGUAUUCUAUUGAAGAUGCUCUAAGAAGCAGGAAAAUCACAAAAGAGGAAUUACAAAUGUACAGAGAUGGCAAAAUUCCAAUUUCAGAAUUUGCUCUUCUUGUGGCUGGAGAAAACAAACCCCAGGCUAAUUCCAUUGGUUCCAUAAUUGGAUCCAAGUCACCAUUGACUUCCCCUAAUAGCCAAGCUCAAACACGUAGUUUUUUCACCCAAAGUCAAAGUGCACCUAAAAUAUUCCAAGACGAUAGCUUUCCUAUUGCUGGGAUCUAUGACACUACUAUUGACACCAAGUGUACAGUCAGGAGUGCAGUCACAAGAAAAUUAAUAGAUCCAGCAACGGGUCAAAAGCUUUUGGAAGCUCAAGCAGCUACUGGUGGCAUAAUUGACAUAGUUAGCAAAGAUAGGUAUUCUGUUAAUAAAGCUAUAGACAGAGGUGUUAUUGACAGCAGUAAUCCACAAAACUUACUCAAUGCUCAAAAGGCUUUCACAGGUGUGGAGGAUCCAGUGACUAAGAAACGAUUGUCUGUAGGAGAAGCUGUGCAGAAGGGACUUAUGACUAAAGAAACAGCUUUGCCAUAUCUGGAGGUCCAAUACCUUACUGGAGGCUUGAUUGAUACCAAAAAGACAGGGAGAAUUCCCCUCUCAAAUGCAAUAGAGCAGGGUAUGAUCACCAAAGAGUUGGCUACUCUGAUACAAGAUGAGUCAAAUUAUGAAAAGAAUAUCAUUGAUCCUCUUACCAAAGAGAAAUUGAAUUACAAAGAAGCCAUGGCACGAUGCCGAAGAGACCCGGGAAGUGGCCUUCAGCUCCUGCAAGGAGCUUCAGAGGGCUAUCAGCCUGCGGUUUAUCGUCCUGUCAAUGUUAUACCAUCUUUGACAUCUUACAAAUACUAGUUAGAAAUGUUUAAUUGUAAUGUUUUCAUUCUGCUUUUUCUGUCCCUGUAUGCCAUUUAUUACUUUGAUAUUGUUUUUAUGGGCAACGGUAAUGUUAUAUCUGUGGUGUAUUUUCAUUGUCUUCUGUCUGUCAAUAAACCGGAAAAUAUAUCAUCUUAUA